GAAGAAGAAGACGAAGCAGGAGGAAAACUAAAAACUAUACGCAGUUGGAGGAGAAGGCAGAUGGUGGUGCUGAAGAUGGCGGAAGGUGACAGCGGGAGCGAGCGCGGUGGCAGCAGCGGAGAAGGAGGUGGAGGUGGAGGCGGGUUCCGGCACUUUCAGAGGGAACAGGAAACCCACGAGCUGGCGUCGAAGCGUCUGGACAUCCAGAACAAGCGUUUCUAUCUGGACGUGAAGCAGAACAACAAGGGCAGAUUCAUCAAGAUCGCCGAGGUGGGAGCCGGGGGCUCCAAAAGUCGCCUGACCCUUUCGCUGUCGGUGGCGGCGGAGUUCCGGGACUACCUUGGGGAUUUCAUUGAGCACUACGCCCAACUCGGGCCUAGCAGUCCGGAGCAACUCGCCCAGUCCAUCGUCAGUGAGGACGGCGGGCCAAGGCGAGCGUUAAAGAGUGAGUAUUUAGUUCGAGAGAACCGCAAAUACUACUUGGACCUGAAGGAGAACCAGAGAGGGAGGUUUCUGCGGAUCCGGCAGACCGUCAACCGCGGACCGGGGCCCGGCGUCGGCGGACCGGUCGGCGGUAUGCUCGCCGGUCACACGAUAGCCCUCCCCGCCCAGGGCUUGAUCGAGUUCCGAGACGCCCUCGCCAAGCUCAUAGAUGAUUACGGCGGCGACGACGAGGAGCUGAGCGGGGGAACCGGAGGCGGCGGCGGCGGCGCAGGAGGCGGCGGCGGCGGCUACGACGAGCUCCCCGAAGGCACGUCCAUCCUGGUGGACUCCAAGCGGUUUUUUUUCGACGUGGGGUCCAAUAAAUACGGAGUUUUCCUGCGGGUCAGCGAGGUGAAGCCGAGCUACAGGAACUCGAUCACCAUCCCGUUUAAAGCCUGGGGCAAGUUCGGAGGGGCUUUCAGCCGGUACGCCGAGGAGAUGAAGGAGAUCCAGGAGAGGCAGCGGGAGAAAACGUACGAGAGAAGAGACGAAUCCGAGGGAGACGACCUGGAGGACGACUGAGGAGCCCUAGAUGAUAGCCGCUAGUUCAGCUCCGCCAGUUCUCCAGUAGGGUAUUUGGCAAAGUGUAGAGAGAACAGAAACCAGAUGUACGUGCAUGAUGAAACAAACUCAUAGUCUACCAGAACAUUGUGGGGUACAACAACGCUGCAGGGCGACUGCUGAUUUAUGUCCUCCCAGCUUGGAUCCGAGGGGGCUGCGUUGUGUGACGUGAAUUCCAACACCGAAGUCAUGACCAAGAGUCACUAAAUUAAGAAUUUCCUGCUAUUUAAGAUUGAGAGAUCCUUUAAAACCAGCAUUGAACAACAAAACAUAAACUAAACACAGGCCAAUGAAAACGCCGUUUCAAGCGUAGCUGUAUAUUUCAAAGAGUAAGGGGUCGUCGGCCCUCGCUCAACUGGUGCUGAUAUUUCCGUUGCUUUAUGGGAGGAGAGACCCAGUACCCAUUGUGUUCCUGUUCCAGUCAGGGUCUCUCCUUUGUAGGCAGCAUGUGGGAUCUUAGUAAGUCCACCGGAGGAAUCUGAGAAGAUGCACCGAAUGCUGCUGUCGCUCAUAGGUUGGCAUUUAGUGUGGCGGCAGGGCAUAUGGAGCCGCGUAAAUGGCGUUGCCACCGCAGGCUCUGAGGUGACACAAGUAUUCAGUUCCUUACAGGAUGUUACUGAGAGAAAUGCCUGUAAACUGAAACAAAUCACUCUUUAAAGCUCAAGUUUUGACCUUGUGUAAUUAGAUUUCUUCUUGCCAUAUGCAAAUGGCAGAGAACAAGUUCGGCUGUUUUUGUUACAUAUGCAAUAAUGUGAUGAUAGCAAUAUGUAGCCUUUCCUUUGACCCUUACUGUUGUAACGAGGCACACUGCUGCAUCGGCGAAGAGCCACUUGCUGUGGAAACGCAGUGUUCCUGAACACCGGCGCAUCCCCGGUGUCUGAGAGUAAAGAGGGAAAAUAUCACCCAGUGUAUGUAUGUGUCGCAAGACCAAACCCCACCAGGGAACAAGCUGCAGAUAUGAGACCCUGUGCUGCACCUUUGCUCCCAGCUACCGUAAGGGUCAAAAGAUCAGGCGGUCAGAAGCAGCACUGGAGCAAAGACAGUGCUGCUUCUGACCCUGAAGCUCUGCUACCAGAGAAUGUGGACUUCGCAGAGAUCCUCGUCGUCACGGUGCUAGAAACACAAUGUUCUGGUUGGUAUCGGACCUCAUACUGGCACAAAUUAUAACAGUUUGCAGCACACCAGAAACACAUCGAUGGGUGUUUUGUGUUUUUUUUCCUUCUUCUUCUAAGAAUUAUAUUGAAGUAAGGUUAUGCUUUUAAAAAGUAUAAACAAGCCAGCAAAAGAUAUUUUGAAAUAAUUUAAAGAACACUUUUUAUGUAAAUUUCAAUUUUCAAAACUAGGGAUAUAUUAGUCUAUUAAAACAAAGAUGGGAUUCAAUUUUCCAGUUUUUUUAAAAAUUUCAACUGUUCUUUUUUUUCUAGAGUGAAAGUACAUUUCCAUGAUUAAAGAAUUUGUGUGCAAUAUCCGAUAUUGACUACAUUAUUAAAUCACUUCUCAGACUGCCCUCAUGCAAAACUUUCAAGUAGUCUGUCACUUGUACUUUUAAUAAAUUUUGUACUUUC